UGCCGUCUCGCAAUAGUGAACUCACUUUUAAUCAACCCAGCUCGAGUGAUCGUGGCAUUUAUAAUAUUGUGCAUAAAUUUCGUUACAUUAUAUAGACAACACGUUUCGUCUUGUUUUUUGGGCAUAUAACGUGUUUUUCGUGGCCCGCACCAGGCUAAAGCAAACGUUCCAGCUAAAAGCCAAAGUUUCUGCUAAAAUUAAUUAAAGUAGCAUACUACUGCUAAAGGCUUGCAAAAUGUUGGAUCUGUCGCCGGUGCAAGAGUUUUACAAGGAUAAGACGGUGUUCAUCACCGGCGCCUCGGGCUUCAUGGGCAAGGUGCUGCUGGAAAAGCUGCUCUAUUCUUGCCACUCGCUUAAAGAAGUCAUCAUAAUAGUGCGACCGAAGCGUGGCAAGACACCCGAAACGCGCCUCGAGGAGAUGUUCAAGCUGCCCAUAUUUCAGCGCAUCAAGGAUGAGCGGCCGCAUAUGCUCAAAAAGGUGACCAUCUACCAAGGCGAUGUGACCUAUGACUUGCUGGGCCUGAGUGGCGACAGCCUAAAGCAUGUUGUGGACAGCACAAACAUAGUGUUCCAUAUGGCCGCAACGCUCAAGCUGGAGGGCAAUCUGCGCGACGCCAUUGACAUGAAUCUAUUGGGCACCCAGCGCACUCUAAAUGUGGCCAAGCAGAUGAAGCAGCUGGAGGCGUUUGUGCAUCUAUCGACGGCCUUCUGCAACUGCGAUCAGGAGGUUAUGUACGAGAAGGUCUAUGACUUUCCACACAAGCCCGAGGAUCUAAUGCGCCUGGCCGAGUGGAUGGAUGUCAAGACGCUGGACGCCAUAACGCCCGAUCUGCUCAAGCCCCAUCCCAAUACAUACACCUAUUCGAAGCGUUUGGCCGAGCUUCUAGUGCGCGAUCACUACGAGUCCAUGCCGGUGAUUAUAGCGCGUCCAAGCAUAGUUUCGCCUGCGGCCUUUGAACCUCUGCAAGGAUGGGUGGAUAAUCUGAAUGGACCCACUGGUCUGAUGAUUGGCUGCGGCAAGGGCGUUAUACGCUCUGUGCUGGUGAAUCAGGAGUACAAGGCUGAGGUCAUACCGGUGGACUAUGCCAUUAAUGGCCUCAUUGUCAUACCGUAUGAAUUCAAUAAGCAAGCACGUCGCCCCGAGAACGUGCCCGUCUAUAAUAUAACGGGUGCGGAUGAUCGCAAGAUGACCAUGGGCACUGUUGUUGAGAUGAGCAAGCGCAUCAACAAGAUGAUCCCCUUCAAUGCGGGCCUCUGGUAUCCCGAUCCGUGCGUCACGACCAACGAAUAUUAUCAUAAGUUCAAUGUGGCCAUGUUCCAUUGGUUGCCAGCUUAUCUGUUGGACUUCCUCAUGCUGCUGCUGGGACAGAAACGCUUCAUGCUGCGUGUGCAGGAGAAAAUUUCCACUGGUCUGAGUGUCUUGCAGUUCUUUACACUGAAUGCUUGGUGCUUCCGCUCGGAUCAAUAUGCAUCGCUCUGGCGCAAUCUAAGUGAACAGGAUAGAGAAAUCUUCAACAUGAAUAUGAGUGCCAGCGAAACGGAUGAGGAGUACAUGACCAUCUGUGCUAUCGGCGCUCGCAAGUAUAUACUAAAGGAAAAGGAUGAGGAUCUAUCCAAAGCUAAGCUGCAUAUGCGCAUCCAAUGGAUUGUGGAUAUCGUUUGCAAGACGCUCAUUGUCGGCCUCUUUGGCUUUUAUCUGCUAAAGUGGACAGGCGUACUGGAUUUGUUCUAGGUGCCUCGCACGGACACACUCUGCAUUUGGGUUCACAGGAAUUUAAUUAGUCAAUUUAGCUUUAGUUUAGUUUGCAUUUAGCCAAGGUUUUCAGCCAAAUAAAUAAAUACACGCC